AUGAGUGUGGUCCAAAGUCGUAGCCUUUGGCGAGAUCUUUUCAGCGUUCGGUUAGAGUCAGUUCACAUAAAUGAAUCCUCACUGCAAGGAACGUUCGGUUCAUUCGUUCCCUGCUAUAUCAAGGGUUUUGACAAAAGUGAUCUAAACAAUCUUUUAUUCGAUGAGUUCAAUGUCAAUUACAAUACACUAGAGCCAAUAUUCCGACAAGGUUCUUGUCUUCUGAAGACAGUGGUAGAGGAUGUUGUGAAAUACACAGAUAACGGUGCUCCAAUUAAAAGACACAGACGGAAGAUAAUCCCUGUGCAUUCCAAGAAAAUAGCUGGAAAGAGAUUUUGGAAUGAGCAUAUCCUUCUCUUGAAGGAACUUGGUGGUUUUAUUGAAGAGAUUAACAAUGUGACUCCAGAGUAUGUGAGAUCCUUUGAGUUUGAUAGCAAAUUGAUGCCAUCUACAUGGAUUGUAGUUCGAAUAGAUGGAUGCCACUUCCACAGAUUUUCUGAGGUACAUGAAUUUGUGAAGCCAAAUGAUGAUAGAGCCCUUAACCUGAUGAAUUUGUGUGCAGUUGCUGUCUUAGAAAAGUUUUGGGAGGAUAUAGUCUUUGCCUAUGGGGUUAGUGAUGAGUACAGUUUUAUUAUUAAGAAAACCUGUAAUCUUUACCAAAGGAGAGCUAAUAAAAUGGUUUCAGCAAUUGUGUCUUUCUUCACAUCCACUUAUGUGAUGAGAUGGAAUGAGUUCUUCCCACAAAGCGAGUUAAAAUACCCUCCUUCCUUUGAUGGGCGAGCAGUGUGCUAUCCAUCUACUGAGAUUCUAAGGGACUACCUUUCAUGGAGACAGGUGGAUUGCCACAUCAACAAUCAAUAUAACUCUUGUUUCUGGAAGCUAGUUGCAUCUGGAAAAAGCAAAAGGGAAGCUCAGAAUAGUUUAAAGGGUGGUCAGUUGCAAAAGAAAAUUGAAGAAUUGGCUAUUGACUACAAUAAAUUACCAGUCAUGUUCCAACAAGGAUCCUCAGUUUAUAGGGACAAAGUAGACACUGUUCCAACUCACGAGGAGAAUGGUAACUCUUUUGAAAGUAAAGGAAAGGUCAUUGUAGAACAUGUUGACAUUAUUGGACCAACCUUUUGGUUGGAACACCUAAACAUCCUUGAUGAAUAGGUGCAUGUGUAGCCAUUGAGUCUCCAAAUUAAAUUUUUACUUUAUUUAUUGUUGAUGGAAAUUUUUACUGGUUUUG